CAUCGCAGUCGCACACACUCGCACUCACAGAUAUCGGCUUGCUCCAUGCAUCAAAAGCAAACAAAUCAGACUCCUGCAGCUGAAGAAUAUGAAGCUGGAAGGAAACAGCAAAAACAAGGCAUUGAUUGACCAGGCAAUAAGAGACAACAGCUGUGGCUCAUGCACACGGUUAUUUGAAUGUUCUUUGUGGCUGUAGGUGAUGGUUUCCUACUUUGAGGGCAGGGUUUCAUGGGACUGUCUGCAUGAGUAAAACAAAUGCGAGGCAGUGGUGAGAGAUAAGGAUGCUAUCCAAAAGCUUUCUCUGAGGAACCUGACAGAAGAGAGGAUGUAUUAGGAAUGGGACUCAUGGAGAAGAUUGCUGAUCUUGAUGGACAUGGAAUUUGAAAAUAAAACAAGAGUUUCACUCUGGAUUUUCAUCAGAAGAAAUGAGGGGUCUAAGCUGGGCAGUUUACCAUUAAAAGGACGGAACAAGUCGGAAACCAUUUUAAAUCUUGAUGAAACAGACACAACAGGUCUGUGGACAACCUGGAUUACCAUGCUACGCAAAGUACCAGGGAGUACAUCUAGAAGAAAAAAUCUGUUGCAAGAACAGGACAACCUGAAAUGGAACCAGUCAGGGAGAUAUUUUUCAUCAUCUAUCCCUGUCAGCACAAUAAGUGUCCACCGGUGUCCAAUGCCACAAUCAACAAUCCUCUGGCUUGGCCUCAUUGGCUUUGUACUGCUGAGAAGCGUACCAGAUGUGUCGGCAGGAGAGACAUGGGGCAUGGUGUCCAUAUGCCCCAUCCACUGCGUGUGUCGGAACCUAUCAGAGUCUCUGAGCACACUCUGUGUGAAUAAAGGUCUUCUUUUUGUGCCACCGAACAUCGAUCGCCGCACUGUGGAGCUCCGUCUUGCAGACAACUAUAUCCUGGAAGUGGGAGGUCCGGACUUUGCCAAUAUGACAGGACUGGUUGACCUGACACUGUCACGUAACACCAUCCAUGCUCUAAAGCCGCUGGCCUUUUCUGAUCUGGAGAGUCUGCGUUCCCUUCAUCUUGAUACCAACCGUCUCACUGUGGUGGGACCUCAGGAUCUGACAGGUCUGGUUAACCUUCAGCAUCUCAUCAUAAACAAUAACCAGCUUACUAAUGUUUCUAGAGAUGCAUUCGAUGACUUCCUGCUGACUCUGGAGGACCUGGACCUUUCUUACAACAACCUGCGCAGGGUUCCCUGGGAAGCUAUACAGAACAUGGCUAGCCUGCACACCUUAAACCUGGACCACAACCUAAUAGACCAGAUUGAUGAGGGUUCUUUCAGUGAGCUCUAUAAACUCUCCAGACUGGAUAUGACCUCAAACAGACUACAGACUCUACCCCCUGAUCCACUGUUCUCAAGAUCACAGAUUGGGGUUGUCAGUCCAACACCGUACAAUUCUAUCAGCAGCUUAAACUUUGGCGGGAAUCCUCUACACUGCAACUGUGAGCUGUUGUGGUUGCGACGACUGAUUCGUGAAGACGACAUGGAGACAUGUGCUACACCUGCUUAUUUGGCGGGUCGCUACUUUUGGUCCAUCCCUGAAGAAGAGUUUACCUGUGAGCCUCCACUGAUCACCCGUAAUACCAACAAAUUGUGGGUGCUAGAGGGACAAAGAGCCACGCUUAAAUGUAGAGCCAUUGGUGACCCUGAGCCAGUCAUUCAUUGGGUGUCACCAGAUGACCGCAUAGUGGCCAACACCAGUCGCAUUCGCUCGUACUACAACGGCACACUGGAUUUUCUAGUCACUCGUGCCAGAGACGAUGGGACCUACACAUGCAUUGCCAUCAAUGCAGCAGGGGAAUCCACAGCUCUGGUGGACUUAAAGAUCAUCCCUCUGCCCCAUCGGGGAAAUGGCACGAUUUCCCUAAUCAACAAUAGAGACCCAGGCUCCUCUGAUAUUAGCAGUGGGCGUGGUGGAGUUGAAGGUGGUGGGACUGGUGUGGUGACCGUAAGGAAUGUUACUGGAGGCAAGGAAGAGGCUGGAGAUAGGGGAGGGGGAAGGGGAGGGGGAAGCAGUAAUGGAGGAAUCAAAAACUUGGUUGGAGUUCUGGGUGUAACAUCUAAUUCAGCCCAGAUUCAAUGGAAAAUGAGUCGAUCUUCAACACCAUACCUGGUGUGGAUGUAUCAGAUCCAGUACAACAGCACAGCAGAUGAUGCACUUGUUUACAGGAUUCUGCCUCCAUCUAGUAACAGUUUUCUGCUGAAAAACUUGGUGUCCGGAGCAGACUACAGCCUGUGCGUCUUGGCCAUAUCUGAUGAUGGCAUCUCCACCUUGGUGACAACAAAGGUAUUGGGCUGCAUACAGUUCAGCACCAAAGAGGAUUAUCCAGAAUGCCGUUCUCUGCAUGCUCACUUCCUGGGCGGCACACUGACAGUGAUGGUGGGUGGCGUGGUCGUGGUAACCCUUCUAGUUUUCACUGUAGCCAUGAUGGUGCGGCAUCGCAUCUGUGGAGAGUGUCAGGACGAUGCCAAUAGAGCGGGCAAGUUUUUGCCAGCCAAAGGGGUAGAUGUUUAUGCCCAGACAAAUGGAAACAACGGUAUGAUGAUGGUGGCAUUGCCAAAUGGCGUCUUGGCCCAAAGAACAAAAGAAAAACAGGACAAAUCCAAACACAAAUCUAAACAGAGCCCAGAGCCACACCGUGGCCAGAGCACAGACACAUGCAGUAGGGGAGAUGGGGUGGUGCGGGAAAAAUGUUUAACUCCACUCACACCAGAGAGUGAGAGACUGACAAUCUACUACUCUCCAAGUAACACACUGCCUCUCCCUACAAAAAAGGCUGUGAAACGAACAGGCAGGCUCAAGUUGCGGAGAAAGUCUCUGGAGAAAGACAGACAAGUCUUGGCCUCAUUCCCAUUGACACAAGAUGGAGAGAAAGGAAGGGAAGGAGGGUCAGACUUGAGGCAGGCACUAAAAACCAAGCGCAGCUGCUCUUUCGAUGUGGGUGAAAUCACCACCACCACAUGCUACAGUUACGCCAAACGGCUGAGCGUUAUCUGGACCCGUCGUAGCCAGUCGCUACAUGGCUUGCUGGUCCACUGUGCCUCCACAACCAGCACAUCCAGCACUGGAAGCGAGCAGUACGGCAAUGCCCUGACGCAGAACUAUCUCCAUGCUUUGGUUUCCAACAAUUCCAACUCAGCUUCUAACUCAAGCAGUAGCAUGGCUGUCAAUCCCAGGGACCUGGAGGAAAGUGUGGUGUAGAGAUACGAGUGAAAGAAAGACCUUAUUGUGUAAGACCUUAUUGUGUAAUAAAUGCAGUGAUGCAACACUCAUUAAUGCGCCACAUUCAGGCGGUUUAAAAGACCAACACAAACAAACUAUAAAAACAAGACUAUAAAGAAUUAUCAGGGGAGUGCCAAGUUGAUUAGGAGUAGUGCUCCUGACACAAAGGAAAUGGCAAUAUCAAAUUAUGCUAAGACAAAGAAUGACGACAAGAGAAACGAGGAUAGGUUUGCUUUUUAUUGACGAGCCAAAGGCAUAGGGGAUUAAAACCUAAGGCGUCUGUUUCAACAAGAUUAAUUAACCAAUUAAUAAAUUAUUGAAUAAAUCAGACGCUACUUUGUACCGAAGCAACACUUUUUGAAUGCUAAUGAAUUGAAACAUGGGGUAAAUAUGACAAAAACAAAUUUGAAACCCAAAGAGGGAGCACAUUAUCUGUUGAAAUAAACCGCUGCAAAGAAGCACACAUGCCUGAGCUCUAUGAUGAGGGAAAUUACACCAUGUAAAGUUUCUUUUCACUCUUUAUUUUUGAUGGUAAUGUUUUUCAAUGAUAAUUGAAAAGAUUGGGGAGGGAGGCUCACUGAAAAUUUCUGAACACUUUUGCUACAAGCAUUUAAAAUGGGGGACCAGUUGUUCAAAUGUCAUUCAACAGUGAUCUGAAUAAUCAUAACUGUUCUUGUCUGAUCAGCCCUUUUCCAGAAUCAUUAUAAGAAUAAAAGCUAUUCUGUAAAAAAUAUAGUCUUUAUUGUGGAAUGAAGCUCUAAUUGAGAUCAAUCUGAUAUGCUAUCUUCAAGGUUAAUUGCUUAAGAAAGAGGCUUGUAUUAAAAGCUACAUGACACAAAUAAUGCUUUCUAUCCCCAAAACAAAAGCUUAGCAGUCAACUGGCACCACAGCACCUAAUAACUUGAUUAAAAUGUAAAAUAGGAUAAUAAGCUUAAUGUAAUAAUGUAAUUACUACAACUCCAUUAGAGCAAUAUUCUACCACCGGCCACUUAAAUGGAGAUUUAAUCCUGAUAAUAAACAGCAAAAACAUGAGCUGUUAAUCUGGAGUCAUCAGCAAAAACUUUAAGAUACAUUUUAUGUCAUUUAAGGUCCUUGUUUUCCUUUUGAUUUGUGCAUGAUGUGCAAUAUAUAGUCAUGGGAGGGACCAAGCCCUCUGCAGUCCACUUUAUAUAACAGCUAACAGAGGAGACGGAGGCAAAAAUGAUAGAGAUCAAAGGCAAGAGGUAGAGGUGUAGACUAGAAAAAGUGGACAGUGGCGCAGAUAGGUUUACUGCAUAAGACGAUAUGUAACAUGCCUACCUAGACUGUGUGUCACACAGAGUACUUUAAAGGGAUGGACAUGUUCUAGUAAUUUUGUAGUCAAGUAAUCUAACCCACAAAAAAAGCAAUCAUUUACUUGUAAAUUAAAAUGUCAAUAAAAAAAAAUAUCAAGACAGACAUGUAAAAUGUAUAUUUUAUUUAGGCAGAGGCUGUAUGCACAUAGCACUUUAUUUGCACUAAUUGUAAAUAGCAUCUGCCACACAGCUUGACUAUUUG